AAAAACGAACGAUUCAGCAUGUCAAAAGGAACAUCCAUAAAGGACGCUAUCAAAGCAUGGGAAGAAAAAACCAAUGAAACUGCGGCGGAAGCAACAAAAGUCAAGCUGACCUCAUGCCAGCCCUUCAUUCAAAAAAUGGACGCAUCACUCGCCCAACUCACAAAAGUCGAACAGCUCGCGUUAUCAACAAACCAAAUUGAGAAAAUCUCUAAUCUCCAAGGCCUACCCCACCUUCGUAUUCUCUCUCUCGGUCGAAACAGCAUCAAGAAGAUUGAGGGCUUGGAUGCAGUAGCGGACACCCUGGAGGAAUUAUGGAUAUCCUAUAACCAGAUCGAGAGGUUGAACGGAGUGGAAGUGUGCAAGAAGCUCAAAGUCAUAUAUGCUAGCAACAACAAAAUUAAAGACUGGGCUGGCUUGCAGCCAUUGGCAUCGCUGCCUGCCAUAGAAGAUGUCUUGUUUGUUGGAAAUCCGCUAGAGGAGAAAGCUACCGCGGACGGAAUAUGGGUGACAGAAAUGGCCAAGAAAUUUCCAACUCUGCGAAGAUUGGACGGAAAACCAAUUAUCAGGGAGGAUGACGGUGCAGGAGGGGAGGAUGGGGACGGAGAGAAGGCCGACUAGAUAGAUGCACGGAUGCCUUGGACUGUUACGUUGCUCCAAAUUCGAUCUUGCUCAUGUAUGUUUAAACGAUCGCUGUAAUGCGUAAUCUUUUGAAAACAUUUUCGUAUAGAAAGGGCUGAAAAAUUAGGUAUUUUGCUAUAAUACAAGAAUUAGAAGGAUAUUGUACAAAAAUAAAU